CUAUAUUUCUAUAUUAAUUAAACAAGAUGAGCCAUAAACACGGGCCUAAUUGCAAUCAUGGACCUAGUCAAUCAACAGGACCACGAACUAUUCAAGUAAACGAUGCUAAUAAAGCACCUGCUAUAUAUAAAGAUACUGCUAAUUACCUCAAGAAUUUUAAAAAAUCAGGUCUUAAAGCUAGACAAGGUGUAUUUAAUGGAAGAAGAUUUGAAUAUUUUAAAGGUAAAAGAGGUAUCGAAGCUAUAUUAAAAGAGGAUUAUGCCAAAGUUGUAAAGAACGAAAAGACUCCUACAAGUCGAGAUGAGGCCUUUAAUGUAUUAAAUGAAUUGGGUAAAUUUGGAUUUAUUUUACGUGUCGAUCGUGGUGAACCUAUUGGCAACAAAGGAUCUCCACGUAUUUUACAGCCUAAUCCCGUCCAAGAGUUUAAAGAGGAUGGUUAUUACAUGUGGAUUUGGGAAGGUUCAAAGGUUAAAUUAUAUUUGGGAGCUGUAGGUUUAGUGGCUAUUAUUUUGGCAGGUGUCCUUUUCCCUCUCUGGCCUAAUUUUUUGAGGUUAGGUGUUUGGUAUCUUAGUGUAGGUGUACUUUGUUUGAUCGGUCUCUUUUUCGCUAUUGCUCUCAUUCGUCUUAUUCUUUAUAUUAUUACAUAUCCUAUUUUACCUCGUGGAUUUUGGUUAUUCCCUAACUUGUUCGAGGAUUGUGGCAUCAUUGAAAGUUUUAUUCCUUUGUAUGGAUUUGAUCCUGUAAAAGAAAAGAAACCAUCAAAAAAAGCAGUAACAGACUCAGCAGCCACAGCAACCGAAGCACCAGCAACGGACUCAGUAGCGACAACUUCAGCAAUUGAAAGCAAAAAAGUAGAAUAACGAUAAUAAAAAAAAAAAAAAAAUAGU